UUCCCUUUCGAGGUUGAAUUCUCGAACAGCGAGGCUAGCUUCUCCAGCCCUGCUGUCAAGGCCACCAUUGAGCAGUCCAUGAAUUCCCCACCCACACCCAAUGUUUCUCCUUCCCCAAUUGGAUUGGGUGGCUUCCGAGGACCCGGUGCCCCCACCUCCACCCCCACCCCCACCCCAACCCGCAAUUUGUAUUUGAAUCCGCGGUUGCAGCAACAAGGCAACGCCGCCACCGCUGGGGCUGCCAACCAGUCCGGCCACCAGAGGGCCGAGGAAGUGAAGCGCGUUGUUGAUAUUUUGUUGAGAACUAAGAAAAGAAAUCCGGUGCUAGUGGGCGAAUCAGAGCCGGAGGCCGUGAUGAAGGAGCUACUUAGGAGAAUUGAGAAGAGGGAUUUCGGAGAUGGACCACUGAAGAAUGUCGAGGUGAUUUCUCUUCACAGGGAGCUCUCUCUUAAUAAUUCCGAUAGAACUCAAAUACCCACCAAGCUAAAGGAAUUGGGUAGAUUGGUGGAAGCCCGAAUCGGAGGUGGAAGCAUUAUUCUUGAUUUAGGGGACCUGAAAUGGCUUGUCGAGCAGCCGGUGAAUUUAGGAGUUGCCGGCUCUGGUACAGUUGGGCAGCAGGUUGUUUCAGAGGCAGGGCGCGCUGCUGUGGCAGAGAUGGGGAAGUUACUGGCGACGUUCGGAGAGGGUAGCAAUGGCCGGCUUUGGUUGAUUGGGACUGCUACUUGUGAGACUUAUUUGAGGUGCCAGGUCUAUCACCCUUCCAUGGAAAAUGAUUGGGAUCAGCAGGCAGUGCCAAUUGCUGCUAGAACCCCUGUUCCAGGGCUUUUUUCGAGAUUUGGGACAAAUGGGAUUCUUAGCAGCUCUGUCGAGUCUCUGACACCGAUGAAGAACUUUCCAACUGCAAUAACUGCUCUACCAAGGCGUGUCUCUGAGAACAUGGAUCCUGCUCAGAAAAUGAGCUGCUGCCCACAGUGCAUGGAGAAUUAUGAACAAGAGCUAGGAAAGCUUGAAGGCCAGGAGUUCGAGAAGUCAUCAUCUGAAGUGAAAUCAGAAGUGUCUCGGUCAUCACUCCCACAGUGGUUGAAGAAUGCUAAAGCUCUGGAUGGUGAUGUUAAAACAACAGAUCAGUCACAGACCAAGGAUCAAGAACUGAUCUGGAAGCAGAAGCCUCAAGAUUUACUAAAGAAAUGGAAUGACACAUGCUUGCAUCUACAUCCUAAUUUUCAUCAGCACAACCUCAACUCUGAGAGAUUCACUCCAACAGCUCUCUCGAUGUCGGGCUUGUACAAUGCGACUCUGCUUGGGCGGCAAGCCUUCCAGCCCAAGUUACAACCAACCAGAAACCUUGGAGAAACUCUGCAGUUGAACUCAAAUCUUGUGGCCAACCAACCAUGUGAACAGGCAGUUACACCACCUGGAAGCCCUGUACGGACUGACCUUGUUCUUGGGCGAACAAAGAUCAAUGAAACCACCACAGAGAAAAUCCAUAAAGAGCAUGUCAUAGACUUUUUCCAGUGCAUUUCUUCUGAAUCACUGAACAAGUUCCAUGAAUUGCAAAAUGACAAACUUAGCCCAUUGGAUGCCGACUCAGUCAAAAAGCCUCUCAAGGGUCUGGCAGAGAAGGUCUCGUGGCAGCAGGAUGCAGCACGUACUGUGGCUAUUAUUAUUAUUAUUAUUAUUAUUUUACUCCUAACAGCUAGCUUUUCCAAUUUGUUUGAUGCACUGGUAUAAAGAGGAUGGUAGGUUGGAGUCUCUAGUUUUUGUAGUUGAUGUGAACUAGUAUUUAUAUAUACUUGAUGAGUAGUAGGAUCAGAGGCAGCUAUACUCUAA